UCAGGGGAGAUGGCAGUUCCGUAUUACGCCGGGCAAGUGACAGACUUGAUUGUAAGCAAGAAGGAAGCCUCGGCCUUCAAGCGGGCUCUGUGCCUGAUGUCUUUUUUCACUGUGGCCAGUGCUGCAGCAGAGUUACUCUGCGACUACCUGUUCCAUACUGUUAUGAACCGAUUUCACGCCUGCCUCCAGGGCUCUGUCCUCAGGUCCAUUCUACGCCAGGAGAUUGCGUUCUUCAGCGGUAACGGAAAAGGUGAUAUAACUUCUCAUGUCUCAUCUGACAUCGAUGCCAUGAGUGAGGCCCUCUCAGAGCAACUGAGCCUUCUGAUGUGGUACCUGUUCCGGGGCCUCUUCCUCUACGCCAUGAUGCUGUGGCUCUCUGUGCCCUUGACCCUCUUUGUCACCAUGACCCUGCCCUUCAUCCUGCUGUUGCCAAAGCUCUCCGGGACGUUCUACCAGAACUUGGCCACUCAGGUCCAGCAAUCCUUAGCCAAGGCUGAUGAAGUCGCAAUGGAGACCUUCCAGGCCAUCUCCACAGUCCGCAGCUUUGCAAACGAGGAUGGGGCUGCUCAAUGCUAUGAAGAGAAGUUGCAGGAGACCUACCAGCUCAACAAGAGGGAGGCCGUGGCCUAUGGUAUCUUCACAUGGAUCCCUGAGGCAAGGAAUCAAAUGUGGCUUAGUCAGAUGGUGGACCUGGAAGAGAAGUUGAGAGCGCUGCUUUGGGCUCCUGGGAGGAGAUGGUGGUGCGGGCUGCAGGGAUACACAACUUCCAUCAGUGCAAGGAUAAUGCCAGAUUUUGUGUGGCACAUCAAGCGUUGUGCUCCCAGAGUGACUGGGGCUGACCAUUUUGGCCUGAUAUACGAGAUGUUUGGGGCAGGAGUGUCUGCAGCAUAUGGUCAGAAAAGUCGAGAGUGCCGCCAGAGCUCUGUGUGUUAA